UGCGCGGCCGCGGCGCUGAUCCCCGCGGCUGACGUGAAGGUGGAGGUGCUGCAGAAGCCGUUCCUCUGCCACAGGAGGACCAAGUGGGGGGACAUGAUGCUGGUUCACUACGAGGGCUACUUGGAGCGGGAUGGCUCCAUGUUUCACUCCACUCACAAGCAUAACAAUGGUCAACCUAUGUGGUUUACACUUGGCAUAAGGGAAGCUAUCAAAGGCUGGGACAAAGGUCUGAAGGACAUGUGUGUGGGAGAGAAGCGGAAACUAACUAUUCCACCAGCCCUUGCUUAUGGAAAAGAAGGGAAAGGAAAAAUUCCACCUGAGAGCACACUGAUUUUCAACAUUGACCUUCUAGAAAUUAGGAAUGGACCAAGGUCUCAUGAGUCAUUCCAAGAGAUGGAUCUUAACGAUGACUGGAAACUAUCCAAGCAAGAGGUGAAAAUUUACUUGAAGAAAGAAUUUGAAAAGCAUGGAGCAGUGGUAAAUGACACCCAGCAUGACGCUUUGGUUGAAGACAUCUUUGAUAAAGAAGAUGAAGACAGUGAUGGGUUUAUAUCUGCAAGGGAAUUUACCUACAAGCAUGAUGAGCUGUAGAAAAGAGUGGCAUAAUUCUUUUGACACAAAUGGCAGUGACUCAGACUGUCUGGUUCUCUUGUCAUCUUAAUUCUGUGUUUUGGGGUUGAUAGCUGCUGUUGGCUAAGAAACACUCUUUGUUUAUGUAAAAGAGAAUUUCUGUUCAUUACGUACAAAUGUUUUAAAGUAUUUUAAAGUACGAACAUGUACCUCCUUUUAUGCAGCAAAGACUCGCACAUCAGUGUUUUUUAAAUUUUUGUAUUAACUUAUUUUUCAGAAAUGAAACUUUCCAGUUAUCAGACAUUGUGAAAAUCUAAAUCCAGUUCAGUGCCUUUCUGCAAUGUUUGUGUGCUAAGAUCACUUUCAGUGACUCCUUUAUGUAUAACUUCUAGUCUG